AUGUCUUUCGAAGGCUUGGUCCCCGCGGAAUUUUUCACAUUCGAAGGCCGUCUUGCCUCCUUCAAACAAUCCUUCCCUCAACCGAAACGACGCGCAUCUGGCGCAGGGAAAGGCGCCUCGAAGAACCUGACAUGGCCGCACGCAAAAUAUCUUUUGCCCGAGGACCUCGCGAAAGCAGGUUUUGUAUGGCGUCCGUUUCCCGAGAACCCCGAUAAUGUCGCGUGCUUUUUAUGCAAUAAGUCCCUCGAUGGGUGGGAAGAAGGCGACAAUGCCCUGGAGGAGCAUGUUAAGCACGCUCCUAACUGUGGGUGGGCUAUUGUUGCCGGCAUUGAAGCGAACGUGGGCAACCUCGCGUCGGAGGAUCCUUCCAGCACCCGCAUGAUCAACGCGAGGAAGGAGACUUUCGGUGGGCGCUGGCCGCAUGAUGGCAAGAGAGGCUGGAAGUGCAAGACUAAGCAGCUUGCGGAGGCCGGAUGGAAGUACACGCCUUCCCUGGAAUACGAUGACAUGGCGACGUGUACCUACUGCGACCUGGCAUUAGACGGGUGGGAACAGGGUGACAAGCCUUGGGACGAGCAUAGCAACCGAUCACCGGAAUGCCCAUUUUUUGCCCUCGUGGAACAGUACGGCGCAACCAAGAAGCCAAGGGCCAAGGCAGCUAGAGGCUCCAAGACGGCGGCGCGAUUGUCCGUUCAAUCCGUAGCGACAGCAGCAUCAGAUAUCACUACUCUUACCGACGCCGCCGCCGAGGUGGACGACAGCGUUUUGACGACCGCCUCAAUGCCUGGCAAAAAGGGAUCAAGGGCCAAGAAGGCCACGACAACGGCGAAGGGCAGGAAGACCAAGGCGAAGAAGGACGAGCCUGUCGAGGUUGUAGAGAGCGAGCCUAUGGAGGCAGAAGACCCAGCACCACCCCCCAAGCCCGCCCGCGGUCGCAAGCGCACAAGCGACGAAGCGGACGAAUCUGCGAUGACCGUCUCCGAGGCACCCGCACCGAAAAAACGCGCGCCGCGUGGUCGCAAGGCUGCUGCAGACAGCUCCGUCAUUGACCAAUCGCAACAAGACAUUAGUAUUGCUGAUGCGCCGGCACCUGCAAAAGCACCCAAGGGCCGCAAGACCGCUCGUGCGUCCGGUACCAAGGGGACGCGAAAGGCUUCGGGACAGUCGCUCAAGUCAACGGCUUCCACUGCCUCAUUAAGAGCUGCGCCUGGUGCUUUCCCCGAAGAAGAUGACGAGAUUCAACGACAACUCGAGGCAGACUUGGAGCGUCCCUUGACUGAUGACGAGGACAUCAUGCAAGACUCUGAUUCCGAAAGGCAAAAGGUUCCUGCUCCGAAGCCAAAGACGAAGAAGGCCCAUGUGCCCCAAGAUGAAGCGGCCAGCCCUGAGCGGGCAGACAGCCAAAUGUUCGAUGCCGAGCCGUACGUGGCCGACGAAGCAGCCGUCGACGAGGAGUUGAAGCAGCUCGAGGCCGAGAUGACCAUCGACGAGCCCGAAGUCCUCGAGGUUCCCAAGAAGGGACGAAAGGCAGCUGGCCCUCGCAAGGUCUCGAAGCAGACCAAGGCUCAGAAGGCCAAGGCUGCGCCAGUUCCUGUCGAGGAAGACGAGCUGUCCAUGGCAGUCGAACCGGAAGCGCCAGUUGAGCCAGCCCAGCCUGAAGAGCGCGUUGACCCAGAGGAGGACGAGAUCAGCACUGCUACUGUCAUCACGAAGACUACCAACAACGCCCGCAUGAGCACCAGCAGCCGCACCAGCACCGGCAGCACCGGCAGGAAGCGCGGCCGCCCGUCCAAGAAGUCGCUUGAACUGCGUGCUUCCCUUGAGGCUAGCAAGACAGAGGAGGUUGAUAUGGUUGAGCCUGAAGUGGCUGAGCCUGAGGCUGAACCAGAGCCAGUUGCUGAACCUGAAGUCGAGCCUGAAGAAGUCGUCGAGCCCGAACCCGAGGUCGAGUCUGAGCCCGAAGUUGAACCCGAGGCUGAAAUUGAGGCAGAGGAAGUGCCUGAGCAGGACGAAGAGGAGGCGGACGAAGUUGACGAGGUCUCCGCAAGGCAAUCAUUUGCGUCGGCGCGCCAGACGCCAGCGCCAGCUGAGCCGCAAGAUGAUGAGGCAGAGGAUGAAGAUGAGCCCCAAAAUGAGAAGGAGGGCGAAGAAGAAGAAGAUGAAGAGGAGGAGCCAGAGUCAGAAGCCCCCGAGCCAACACCUCAACCCAAGCAGCAGCCGAAGAAGAAGAGCCUUCCACCUGCAUCCUCUUCCCCAGUGGUUGCUGCCCCCUCGACACGUCGCAGCCUUCAACAACAAACAGCGGCUCCGCGUAUUUCACCUGCUCAGUCAGCUCGUCAACCAGCUGUUUCUCCCUCGCCAUCUCCUCAAUCCUCCGACGCAGAGAACCAGCCGCCUUCCUCAAGAUCUGCUACCGCAAAGAAGCGUGUGAUGCAAGCACCCUCAUCCACGCCGGCGCGCCCCAACUCACCGACUAAGCGCAAGGUUCUGGCUAGUCUCCAGAGUACAACGCCUUGGAACCCGGUCGAUAUCGACCUCAUCUUUGGGUCGCCCGAGAAGUCGGAUAAGAGGAAUGCUGUUGACAGGCUGCUGCACAAGGGCACCGAGCUCACCAGCCCGGAGAAGAGGAUGACGGUUGAGGAGUGGAUCCACUUCAACGCGAACCAGGCCGAGGAGAGGCUGCGUCAGGAGUGCGAGGCCAUGGUCAGCAAGUUUGAGAACGAGGGCACCAAGGCUAUGAAUGUUUUGGAAGGCCUGGUUGCGGAGUAA